AUGAAUACAUACAAAGGACUUUUCGUCCUCGCCUUAGUGGCUUUAGUGGGAGUUACUCUAACUCAAUCUCGUGAAAUCAGUCGAGACAAACGUGAAGUUAGUAGUGAUUUGGAAGCAGCGGCAUCCGGGCACGGUCACCAUUGGAAAAAAGGAGGCGGUCACGAGAGCCAUGCUGACCACCACAGCAGCCACGGUGAAAAGGGCGAUAAAGGCUACAAGGGCCACCAUCACCACGAAAAGGGAUCCAAGGGCCAUCACGACAAAGAGGGCCAUAAGAAACACUAUGAAGAACACGGCGGCCACAAGAAGAAACACCACCACGACGAUGGCUACCAUGCCGAACACCACAAGGGAGAAAAAGGCGAGAAAGGACACAAAUACGGUGAAAAGGGAUCUUACAAAAAGGGUCACAGCACCAAAGGAGGACAUGACGUACAUAAGUUAGACGAAUACAAAAAGGAAAAGCACUUCUUCGAUGAAGACCACGACUCCGGCCAUCACGAAAAACACGGAGGACAUCACCACGAAGACGGAUACAAGAAGGGAGGCCACAAGAAAGGAGGUCACAAGAAGGGAGGACACCAUGAAGACCACUACGGCAAGAAAGGAGGCCACGAGAAGGGAUCCCAUUACCAUGAAUCUGCUGGACACAAGAAAGCUGGUGGACACGACGACCACUACCACCACGACCACAAAUUGAAAAUUGGUGGUUUUCGAAUAAAUUUUACGUUGGUGCUAAGAUACAUCAAUGAUACAGUUAUAAUUGUAGAGAGUCCUGAAGACAUACCGCGCCACCUGCUUGACAGCAGAUUUAUUGGGCCUAAAAAUCAACAUCGCAAUAACGAAGAUGUAAGUAGUAAAUCAGAAUCCUGA